AUAAAAGUGAAUAAUUUUGCUAAAUGUGAUUUGAAGAUCUUGCCAACUUAUGUAAUUCUUUUUAUAAAAGCUCAAAAUUAGAACUAGUAAAUCAAAGAUUAAAAUUCAAGCUAUGUCAACAGUGGAACAAAACCAAACAGAACUUCUUCAAAAUAACAUAAAAUGUGUUUUUAAUCUGUUUAAUAUUCCAAAGCCUUAUUCAACCAAUAACAACCACAAUAUUGUCACAGACCAAAGAAGUCUAACGCCGUCCGUGCUAUCAGAAAAUUCAGUGGAAUGUUCUCUAUCAGGUCAUAAUAUGAUGAGUGAUGCAGCCUCAAGUUGCAGCGAAGAGUCAGAAGAAUUAACAAAUUUAACAUGGCUGACGGAAUUGCGAAAUGAGCUGUUAACAUGGCCCGAUUCUGUAAGGCCAAUCGUUGAUGACGAUUGCUUAGAUCGUAAAAGCACUACUAAUGGAAAGGUUGCACUUAAUUCCAAAAUUACGGAGGAAAAUAGUACCUCACCUCCUCAACAAAAGAGACCAACGCCUUCGGAACGAUAUAAUACAUUUUUGGACAAAGUUAAAAAAGACAUAGCAGAGUACGAUCUUGCAGCCGAUAUUUACCAAACGGAUGUAGAUGAGAAACCACCUUUCAACUACUCACACAUCAUAGGUAUGGCGAUGGUGGAAAAUGGCCGGAUGACACUUCAACAAAUAUGCUCUUGGAUAGAAUCAAAAUUUGCUUUUUUUCGAGUUCGAAAACGGUGGAAUAACUCAAUACGACACAAUCUGUCAUUGCAUCAUUGUUUCAAAAAAAUUGAUCGCAGUAAAUACGAAAAAGGGAAGGGCGGUUUUUGGGAGCUCGGUAUUGAUCCAAAAAAAUGUGAUCGCAAACGUAUUCGAAAUCGAAAAUCAUCGAACAAAAAUCGAAACACAUUAAAUAAUGAUGGUGGAGAAGCCAAAAAUCAGAAAAUCACAUCCAACAAAGAUAUUAUCAACACAUCAUCAUCAACGAUACCUCCUUACAUAAAAAAUGGAGGACUAGAAAAAGAUAAUGUUGACGAAUUUGUGUUGGAUGAGCUCGAUGUACAACAAAAUAUAAUCAUACAAAAGGAGAAUGUUAUGAGUUCAGAAUUUUUGUCGUCCAUUAUGUCAUCAUCAAAUCAUCAAACAACUAUUGACGAUAAUAGUCGAAUGUGCCCUUAUGAUAUAAACGGUUCAAUCAAACUGCAAGAUGUUUUUAUAGCCAAUGUCGAUAGUAAUAAUUAUAAUAAUUUAUCAAACUCUCCAAAUUUAUGUUCCGACGCCGAGUAUGAAUUAGGUACAAUUAUUGUAAAUUCAACUGCAGCUGAUCUUGGUGUACCGAGCAUGAAUAUUUGUGACAUUGGACAACAUCAAGUGAAUGUAUUUGCUGAAGAUGAAAUACCAGAACCAUGUGAAAGUGUCGUUAUAUCAUCGUAUCUUGGCAAUGACACAACAAUUGGUAGUAAUCAAACUCAACCAAAUGUUAUUGUGGAGCAAAUGACCGAACCGUAUUGUACGGUUUCAACAUUAUCCGAAAGUAAUAGUUUUCGGCCAUACAUUGAUGGAAUUGAUGAGGCAUUUUUAUAUUUGCGUAGUAUGGAUAGCCGUUGCGACGAUUUAUUUGAUAACCUUUUAGAUAUAUCGGUUAGUGAUUAUUAGCAAUAAAUGU